CGCUGCAAGUGGGUGGGGCUAGAUUGGCUGUAAUCAGGGAAUCCGGGGAGAAGUCGCGUUAUUGUAGUUUGGGACUCUUCGUCUGUCCGGACGUCUCUACAGGAGGAUUUGUGAUGAACAGAAUCAGAAUACACGUUUUGCCCUCGAGUCGUAACCGGGUGAGUCAGACGGCCCGACCGCAGGAGCCCCAGGCCUGCGCCUUCACCCAGCGGCCCUGCACCCAGCCUCGCCUCGAGGGCUUCGACUUCUGCAUCAAACACAUCCUGGAGGACAAGAACGCCCCGUACAAACACUGUAGCUACGUCUCCGCCAAGAACGGCAAGCGCUGCCCAAACGCUGCUCCGAAGGCCGACAGGAAAGAUGGGGUGACGUUCUGUGCCGAGCACGCUCGUAGGAAUGCGAUGGCCCUGCGAGCUCAGAUGAGGAAGGCUACCUCAGGUCCGUCUCCGGAGGCUCUGCUGUCCCAGCUUAGCUGCUUCAACCGAUCAGAGACCCACAGCCUAGACGGAGGACGCUCUGAGGCCAGCCGCAUCCUGGAUGAAGAAAGUCUGAGUGAAGAGGAGCAGGGCCCGCUGGUGUUGGACCAGACCUGGAGGGGAGAUCCUGACAGCGAGGCCGACAGUGUUGACAGCGAUCACGAAGAUCCUCUGAAACAUGCAGGGGUUUACACAGCAGAGGAAGUGGCUCUGAUCACCAGAGAAAAGCUCAUCAGGCUGCAGUCUCUGUACAUCGACCAGUUUAAGCGCCUGCAGCAUCUGCUGAAGGAGAAAAAGCGUCGAUACCUGCAAAACCGUAAACUGGAGCAUGAAACCUUAGGAAGUAGUCUGUUAACGGGACCUGAAGGUCUGUCCAUGAAGGAGAGGGAGAACCUGAAGAAGCUGAAAGCUCUGCGCCGAUACCGCCGCCGGUACGGAGUGGAGGCCCUGCUGCACCGGCAGCUCCGGGAGAGGAGGCAGGCGGUGACAGAGGGAGUCUCUCAGCUCCACAUGAGAGCAGUGGGUGAAAUCUGCAUGGCCUUCGUUGAUGGAGUGAGAUGCACCAACCCCUGCCUCCCGGUGGCCAGACACUGCCUCUCUCACAUCUGCCAGGACAGCAACCAGGUGCUUUUUAAAAUCUGCCCGGGGCUGAAAGACGCUCCCUGCGACCGCACCGUCCACAUGGGUCAGUCCGACGACCCCCGCUGCCCGCUGCACCUCACCCUGCCGCCGCCCAUGUACCAGCCGGAGCAGGAGCCGCCGCCGCAGGAGCACUUCACCCCGUCCAGCAAGGACAUGUACCUGAGCGCGGCGGAGCUGCAGCCCACAGAGAGCCUCCCGCUGGAGUUCAGCGACGACCUGGAUGUGGAAGGAGACGGCAUGCAGGGCCCCCCGUCCCCCCUGCAGUUUGACACGGCCCUGGCCCUGGAGGACCAGACCAUCAGAGCCAUCGCCGAGGCUCCGAUGGACAUCCUGACCGGAGAGGACCCGGACCAGGUGGACCUGGACACCUCGGGACACGAGCUGUCAGAAAGAGACGUGGACGCCAUCAUGGAUGAUCAGGUUGUGUCAGACGUAGGUGGAGGAGAAGAAGACGCCACCGACAGCUCGGCCCAAGACCUGGACCUGGCAGCCGGCAACGCGCCUCGAUGAACCGACGGCUUUUUAUUUUUCUGCUACUUUUGGUUCCAGAUAAUUUGGUUCUGUGAAUUGAUGAUCUACUGAAAUACCUGGUGGUACUCAAGUGUUUGUUUGUUGUAAUAAAAGGUGACAGAGGAACAAAACGCUG